AUGGCAUGCCUUGAGGGACUUGACUCGGGUAUUGAGUUUGAUUGUUUGGAUGUAGAGGAUGAUCAGCAUGACGAGGACAAUGGCGUUGAAGAUGUCGGGUUCGGGUAUCAUGGUGGGGUGGAUGUGGGUGUGGAUGUGGAGGGGGGGUUCGAGGAUAUUGAUGAUGAUGAUGAUGGUUGUUUGGGUGAUGAGACUGCUAGUGUUGGGAGUGAAGGUGUUUGGUAUGAAGAUGGAGAAGGAGUAGAAGGGGAUGGGGAUGAGGAGGAAGAAUAUAUAGAGGAGGAGGAAGAAUCAGAGGAAGAAGAACUGGUGGUGCUCCGGUGUGACCUGAGUAGAGUUUGUGAUUCGAUUGCCUCGUCGCGCGUUUGUCAUGGCACUGGGUUGGUGAGGAGGGAGAAGAGACGGUUUGGAAGAGGGAGGGUACGGGGGCCUAGGAGGAGGAAUACGGCUGAUGAGGAGGCUAUGGAGAUGGAUAUGGCUAUGGCGAGGGCGAGGGUGGAGGAUGAGAGGAUCUCUAUUUCUACGUUCUCAUCGACAUGA